AUGUCUCGGAAACACGCGUGCUCUGCCUCUUCGAAGGAAAUCGACUACGUGAGCGAUGUCACCGACCCCAAUCCCUACGGUUAUACAGAUAAGAACCUCGAAACACCUCCACCAAGCGACCACUCUGGCGACGAUUACUGCGAGGGCGAUCCAUUCGAUUAUUUUGAAGCCUCUCGCUCUCUUCGAUCGGCUGAUCUCAGAAUCGACAUGGCCGGGGGAGUCGCCUUUCACAUAUUGCUUCGAUGGUGUAUCCUCACACAUGAGCCUUGGAAGGACGAGCACAGUCAUCGUAUUGAGGCUACUUGUGUGCAAGAGGCACAUUUGAUUGACAGAAAAACCUCCAGGAAAUCGUGCGAGAUUUUCGAAAAGAUAUGGUGUAUUCCCAAGGGUAGAUUCAGGCUUCACUCUCCCUUGAACAUUGUACCUCUUCGAGCCGACUGGCACAGGGGUUUAGAUUGUAGAGGUUGGGUCAUGCUGCCACUUCAAUCUACCCUGGUUGCGAUCAACGAGAAUCUGAAGAAGAGUCCCAAGAACGCUGCGGCUGUCGCACCUUGGGUCCAAGAGGACGGCAAGACUAAUUAUCAGCGCCAUCAAUACAUGUUCAUACCUCUUGACGAGCGAAGUCGUACUAUCCCCAUCGCGACACGCAAGCUCUCAAAGGACCCGAAGGGCGAAGGCAUCGUGACCCAAGGGGGUACAAAGGACGACCUCGUUUUCCACGACGGGGCCGCCGGGCUUAGGAUCCACUCGCUUGCUCACCCCUUUCCCGUUAUACGGAAGGCAGUCAAGAUGUUCGGUGAACACACCAGUAUGGCAGAGCUUGCUGACAAUCCCUCGGAACACGCGACUUGUAUGGUUUUGGCUCAGAUGAUAUAUAGCCGAUGGCUCAAACUCGCGGGUGGUGAAAAGGCUUUGAACAGGCGAUUUGGCGAAGAUGAAAGUGAUGAAGAUGGGGCAGACGCAGCUGCAAAUGAGGGAGACCGAAGUGGCAGCAAACAGGAACGCGACGAGUUCGACCCCUCUGGAAACGACGAAGAUCGUUUGGAAGACGCCUUGAACGACGGUGAGGCACCUAACGGAGACCCCUACAGUAUUGGCCCACAUAGGCAAGCUUUCGACAUUCCGGAAGAUGCCCCUUCUUUGGUGUCCGACUCUUCUAGUGCGAAAGCUCCGAACCCCACACCGGGACCCGACUAUUCGAAGAGCAUUGCACUUUGGGUCGGCCCUCUUCCACGUCUCCAUAAAACAACCCCCCUCCCAUUCUAUGACGAAGACUCGGAGAGUGAAGACGAAGAGAACGGGAAGCGUCCGUCUCGUUUGAUGCCGUCCGAAUCCAGGAAGGUCCUCCUCGACAGGUGGUUCAACAACGACUUCAAGGUUGCAGACAGCCCGAUCUCUGUCGCCGAGGCUCGCUCUGCGCACCCUGCGAAGGUAGUAGAUCCGUCUUACGAAGAGGAUCGGCCUGUCGGUAGCAAGCGGAGGAGGGCGUUAACCGAUGAUGCGUGA